ACCCUUUCAGACGCCGUCAUUCGAUGCGGAGCUCGGGACUUCGCUGUCCACAGUCUUAUUCUCUACUGCCACUCUGAAUAUUUCAGAAAGCAGCUGGAUGGGCCAUGGAAGGAAAGUUCUGAUCGAGUGAUAGACAUCAUGGAUUUUGAUCCCACUGUAGUCGAGGCGAUGACACGUUUCAUGUACUGUUUCGACUACGAGUCCCCGGCUGACCCGUCGGCUAUGGUUUUCCAUGCCAAGGUCUAUCAGAUUGCUGAUAAAUAUGGUAUCGAGGCUCUGAAGAGACUUUCCGCGACCAAGUAUCGCGCCAGCAUUGAUGCAGGGUGGGAGGCGGAUGGCUUUGCCACUGCAGUUGCCUUGGCGUAUACAACUACGCCUCCAGGGGACAGAGGAUUACGCGAUAUCGCUGUGGAGGUCGCUUUCAACAAUAUUGGGACGCUGAUGGGUCAGGACGCGUUCUGUGAAACGUUGAGCGACAACGCUGAUCUCGCGGCCAACAUGAUCAGGUUUAUGCAUGAGAAGUUGGAGAGGGUUCAGGAAUAUAAGUGCUCAGAUUGCAAACGCGUCUUUUUAAUAGGCUUUCCUGAGUUCCAGGACCCCGCUCGUCUCGACUAUUGCCCGGUAUGUAAGUCAUGGAACACAUCGUGGUGGAUAACGCCAUAG